CCUUCCCCUGUUCCAUCAUGUCGCCAUGCCCACGCACACGAGGCAGUGCAGGUGGUCUCCGCCACAGUCCGUCGGCCCCACCUCCACCCAACAAAGAGAUAGACACAGCCGGGGAGGAGGGCGACAGACACAGCGGGGGGCAGCAGAAAAGAGCAAGCACGCUUCAGCGGCACACCCUUAGCUACUGGCUGCAGUCAGUCAUGGGCCAGAGGGUCGUGCGGGCAUUGGUCGGCGGUUAUAUACAGACUGAAUAUAAAAGAGUCACAAAAGUGUGGCUGUCGAGAAUCUGGCCCUGGCACUCAUGGACUUGACACAGACACAGCUGUGCGCGCCUUCGACAGACCAAGUCUAUCUUUAUCUCUCUCCCUGUCCCCUGUCCUAUCCUGCACCUGUUCCCAGCUGUCUACAGCUACUCGGCGAGUGGUUCCGCUGCCUCGUCGUCGGCUGGUCGGUGCCUCCUCUGAGUGACGCGCCGCCACCACUUGGCCAAAGCAGGUGCGUUGUCUCUCUGCCACUCGGCCUCCUUCUCGGGCGACCACAGCGGACCUACACACACACACACACACACACAUGGAAAGAGAGAGGGUCGAUUGCCGAUGCGUUCCUGUCUGCAUCUUGUGUGCCUCGUGUGGUCCGUGAGUGAGUGGGUGCAUGUGUCCGUCCCGUCCUCACCGAGCCAGAGUGCGUAUGCCUGGUGAUGGUGCGCCUGGAUGGGCCGUAACCCACAUCUCACUGUGUCUACGAACCGCAUCAGCCUGUUGCUCUCGAGUCCCUGCUCCCGAAGCUCCUUCCAUAUGAGCCGCAUAGCAUAGUCGUUGGCAAACCGCGGUGAGCCACCGGACGCACAGUACAUCUCGUACUCGGGCAAGCGACAUAUUUUGGGUUCCUUGUCCAUGUAGUACACAAGGACGUCCUUGUAGCCAUCAACCUCUUCGGGAAAGGGCCCUCUCCACUUGGGCGGGAAACCACGUGGCGGGCGUUGGUCGAGGUCAAACACACGGUGAAAGGAAAAAGGGUAGCGCCACAUCGCCUCUCCGAGUCCCCUCUGGAAAUAAAUGCUGAGCACCUGUAACGCACACACACGAGCACAGCAGAGAGGACAGUGAUGAAUCAUUCACUCAAUGCCAUCCCUCUGAUACAUCUGCACCAUGGCAUCUGCAGCAAGUGCUGAAGAUCUGCAUGAAGAAACAGACAGGCGCACACGUACUGUACCUCAGAGCUGGAUGUGAUGUUUUGAGGACCCAUGCACGUCGUCCGUGAUUUGAUUGUUUGUGCGCGUCGUAUUCGCCAAGCACCGUCCCGGAUCGUG